AUGCGCGCGCCGGGCUCGUGCGUCUGGUUUGAGCUCGAGCUGGCGGCGUCCUACCUGCGCACGGGCGACUACGGCCGCGCGCUCAAGAAUUUCGCGCACGUGGAGCAGCACUUUGCAGACAUUGGCGAGGACCAGUUCGACUUCCACACCUACUGCGUGCGCAAGAUGACCCUCCGCGAGUACGUCAAGAUGGUCCGCUUCGAGGACACGCUGCACGGCCACGCCUUCUACGCGCUCGCGUCGGUCGAGGCGCCGCUGGCCAAGGCGCGGGCUGGGGGCGCGGCGGCGGGCUACAUGCGGACGCUGCUGCUCCACGCGCCGGCGGAGCUGCGCGUGCAGGCGCUCUCGCUCGGCGCCGCGGACGCGCAGGUGCACCGCAGCGCCGCCCGCUUCCUCCACCUGUACCGCGCGGGCGGCGCGGCGCUGGCGCCUGCGGCGCUCGACGACCUCGACGCAAUCAAAGAGAAGGUAGCGGACCGCACCGGCUGGCGCGAGCGGCGCGCCGCGCUGCUGCUCGCCGUCGGCCGGCACGGCGAGGCGGGCGAGGAGUACCUCGCGCUGCUGAAGCGCAACCCGGAGCACUUCGGGUGGCACGCGGGGCUGCAGGCGGCAGCCCACCCACUAGCCGCCACGCUGCAGAGCGGCGACCCCGACCGAGCGGUCGUUGCCAGUGGACAGGAGAUGCGAUCUCGUCCUCAGGCGGCCACGCUGCAGACGGCGACCCCGACCGAGCGGUGGCUGAGCGCGGAGGUGACGGCGGAGGCGGAGGCGACGCUGGCCGCGCUGUACAGCAAGCUGCAAAAGGCCUACCCGAAGAGCCAGGCGUGCAUGCGGCUGCCGCCAGCGUGCAUGCGGCUGCCUCUCGACUUCACGCGCUCGCCGCCCGCCUUCGCCGCCGCCCUGGACGCGUACGCGCGCAGCUACGUGCGCAAGGGCGUGCCGUCGCUGUUCGCCGACCUGAAGCCGCUCUGCGCCGAGGGCGCGUGGUCGCGUGUGCUCUUCGGCGAGGUCGUGGCGGGGUGGGUGGGCGCGCUGGAGGCGACGGGCGCCUUCCCGGACACUUGCGAGAAGGAGCCCCCGUCGACGCUGAUGUGGGCGCGCGCGCGCGUGUACAAGCACGCGGGCCACGCCUCCGCCGCUGCUCGUUGGAUGGAGGAGGCGCGCAAGAUGGACCUCGCCGACCGGUGCGUCUGGUUUGAGCUCGAGCUGGCGGCGUCCUACCUGCGCACGGGCGACUACGGCCGCGCGCUCAAGAACUUCGCGCACGUGGAGCAGCACUUUGCAGACAUUGGCGAGGACCAGUUCGACUUCCACACCUACUGCGUGCGCAAGAUGACCCUCCGCGAGUACGUCAAGAUGGUCCGCUUCGAGGACACGCUGCACGGCCACGCCUUCUACGUGACCGCCGCGUGCGGCAUCAUCGACACCUACCUCCGCACCCGCGACUGCAUCGUCGACACCUACCUCCGCAUCGCGCUCGCGUCGGUCGAGGCGCCGCUGGCCAAGGCGCGGGCUGGGGGCGCGGCGGCGGGCUACAUGCGGACGCUGCUGCUCCACGCGCCGGCGGAGCUGCGCGUGCAGGUGCUCGCCUGUCAGCUGGCCAUGGCGCGCUCAAAGCCGCUGCUCGCGUUGCGCGCGCUGCGAAAGGCGCUCUCGCUCGGCGCCGCGGACGCGCAGGUGCACCGCAGCGCCGCCCGCUUCCUCCACCUGUACCGCGCGGGCGGCGCGGCGCUGGCGCCUGCGGUAGCGACGGUGGUGGAGCGGCACAGCGCGCAGAUUCUGGCGGCGGCGGGACUGCCGACCGGGGCGACGGCCGAGGCGUACAACGACGCCUUCCUCGCGCGCGCGGGGGGCGGCGCGGCUGCGGCGGCAGUCGCCCACGCCGAGGUGCGCGCGCUCGUCGCCCCCGCGCAGGCGGCCGCGGCUCGCGAGGCGCUGGCGAGUCUCGACCUGCAGCAGGCCAGCCUAGCGGUGUGCAAGGAGGCCCUCGCCCUCCUCGAGCCCGGAGGCGCGCUCGCGGACGCCGCUGCCGCCGCCGCCUUCCGACAAAAGGCGGUGGCGCGGUUCCCGCACGCGCCGGCCUUCGGCGGCGGCAGCGGCGACGAGCCUCCCCCGCCGCCGAGCGGAGAGUGAGCGCGCGGCGGGCGGGAGGGGAGCGUCGGGGGGGGGAUGCGGAGCCGGCCGAUCGGAGUGGUCGUUCUCUCUGACGACAUUCGGCGCGCCCGCCUGGCCCCUGCUCCCCUCCUGCGCCCGUCCAUCCUCCGGCGGCUCCGGCCGACACCGCGCCGAGGCCGUGGCGCCGCUGUCGCCACCGGGCCGGGGGACCGGGCCCCUCGCAUGACGCCUCUCUUACCGUCCUGGCACGCCACUACACCGGGACCGGGGUUUACGGCGACCUCUCGUCCCUCUCCAUCUCUUUUCUCACCCGUCCGGCCGCUCUGCAUAAUCAGCGGUGUGUGUGUGGCGAUCCCAUCGCCCUCGCAAAGAGAAGAUAAUACAGACGUGCUGUUUUUUCUCGUGCAGUUAGAGGGGGGACACCCGCCUCUGCUCUAUACCUAAUAAAUAAAUAAAC